GGAGCGAAGCGGGUUGGAGGCGGAGGCGAGGGAGGGACCUGUGCGGGGCUGGGAGCCGCCAUGGCCCCGCUCCACUUCCCCCGGGAACCGGGCCCCGAGGAGCCCAUGCCCGCAGACCUGCAGCCACUGAACCAGCUCAGCCCCAAGCAAUUCUCUGCUCUGACUGAACUGGUAUUCCAGUUUCUCCAGGAACCUAAAGAGAUCGAAAGGUUUCUGGCCCAGCUCUCUGAAUUUGCUGCCACCAAUAAGAUCAGCUUGGGGCCUUUGAAGAAUCUCGUCAAAAGCCUCCUCUUGGUGCCAAACAGUGCCUUGAAGAAGGCUCUGUCCGCCGAACAGGUCCGAGCUGAUCUUAUCUCUCUGGGUCUGAGCGAGGAGAAGGCUGGCUUUUUCGAAGAACAGUGGAAGGGAAAUGCUGCGACGCUCUCGCGCCUGGCGGUGGGGCAGACUCUGAUGGUCAACCAGCUCAUGGACAUGGAAUGGAAGUUCGGGGUUACGGCUGGAAGCAGUGAACUGGGCAAAGUGGGAAGCAUCUUCUUGCAGCUGAAACUGGUGGUGAAGAAAGGAAACCGAUUGGAGCCUGUCUACAUGGAGUUGACGCUGCCCCAGUUUUACAGCUUCCUUCACGAAAUGGAGAGAAUGAAAGCCAGCCUGGAGUGCCUCAGCUAAAGGAAAUCUCAUAAGGAUCGGAUACGAAUCCUAAUCUUCGAGGGGAAAUAAAAUGGUUUUUGGGGGUGAAAAAUGCAUCUACACUGUAGAAUUAAUGCAGAUCGAUGCCACGUGAACUGUCACAGCUCCAUGCUAUGGCAUCAUGGGGGUUGACGUUUGUCAGAAAAUACCUUGGAAAACUACAACUCCCAGGAUCACAUAGCACUGAGCCAUGGCGGUUCAAGUGGUAUCAAACUGCAUUAACUCUACAGUGUAGAUGCACCCUAAGUCAUUCCAGGUUACAACACCUGUUUUGCAAAACUUGCUGUAAAGAAUCAUAUUUUGGUUAGUUGGGACUCUUAAGUGAGGAAUUUGAGAAGUGAACAUUAAAAUGAACGAUUGGUCUGUCUUGAAA